AUGGCGAACCUGUCUCAGUGCCUGGACGAUGCGCCCCUCAGGGGGUUCCGCGGGUGGGAGCCGCCCAGCCCGCCCCAGGCCUACAGCGAGGCGCAGCGCCUGGCGCUGGAGGAACUCGUGGCCGCCGGCCGGCCGGCUUUCCACGCUUUCUUGCGCCGGGAGAAGAUGCGCCCUUUCCUCUCCGAGCCCGAGAUCCGGGCCGUGCUGCGCGCCGCGGUGCCGCCGCCCGGACAGGACGAAAGCGCCGCCGCUGCGGAUCACGCCCUGAACGCCUCGUUGGAUUGCUCGUCGCUCACUUACUUCCCGGUGCAAUCCGACGUGGAGCCGCCGGUGCUGGAGCUGGGCUGGCCGGCCUUCGUGAGCGGCUCUUUUCGGGGGCUCACGCGGGUGGAGACUCACUUCCAGCCCAGCUUUGGCGAGACCAUCUAUCCCUGCAAGGAGGCGGUGCGCAAGCAGAUCCGGUCGGCUAGGGAGGUGAUUGCUAUAGUUAUGGACUCCUUCACAGACAUGGACAUCCUUAGCGACCUCCAAGAAGCCUGUAGAAAGAGGCUGAUUCCAGUUUACAUCCUUCUGGAUCAGGCCUUUCUCUGUCAUUUCAUGGAAAUGUGCAAAAACCUGGGAUUCUGUCCUGAACAGGAGAAUCUGAUGAGAGUCCGAACUAUUACUGGAAGCACUUAUUAUGCAAGAUCAGGAGCCAAGAUAAUUGGGAGUGUCCAUGAGAAGUUCAUGUUGGUUGAUGGUGUAAGAGUGACUACAGGCUCCUACAGCUUCACAUGGACUGAUGGGAAACUCAACAGCAGCAACUUGCUGCUACUCUCGGGCCAAGUGGUUGAACACUUUGACCUGGAGUUCCGGAUCCUGUAUGCACAAUCAAAGCCUAUUAACGCAAAGCUGCCACCCAGUUGCAGGAACAGUGAUGCCCAUGAGCAGCCAGCCUGCCGAACGACGCCAUGCAAAGACUUCACUGUGGGCAACCUCUUGAGAGCUGAGUUUGCCCGGCUCUCGAGCACCCCUAAAAAGCUCGAGAGAGAACUAGAACUGGCUAGAGAGCUCCAAGGAGGCAGGGUGAGCGCCAAACGCCCUCACCUUAGUGGAGAGGCCGAACAGUGGCACAGCGGUCCCGUGGCCCUGGCGAAACCUAAGGAGACAAAGAGCCAAUCAACUCAGACUGAGCCAUCGGAGAAGAAGCCCACUACGGCACUCUUCCACUGUGCCACGCAAACCAGUGUUUCGGUGGCAACAGCCACCACCCAGACCACUACUCGAUCCAGAAUGGUGGGCACUCAGACAGCAGUUGUGCUGAAGACAUCCGCGACCCAGACGGACAAGAGGGAGGCUGCGGAAGCAGUCCUGGAUCAGAGGAUACCGGAUCAGAGGAUUCCCGAUCAGACAAUCUCCUCUAAGGAAGUAUCUCCUGUUUCUAGAAAGUCCACCUCAACUUCUUCCAGUGCGCGGUCGCUUUCCUCGCUGUCCUCCCAGUGUUCUCGGGCAAGCUCUGCUGGUUCACUGACGUCCCUGAGGUCCAUGGACUAUUCCGCCAACCACCGGGGGGACUAUUUCCGCAAACUGAACAAGGAGAGGGAAUUCCAUUACUCUGUCAUCCGGUCCAAACUUAACCAUAUGGUUUCCAUGCUCUCCAGAAGGGGGAACGUAGCUGAAAAUUACCUAGGCUGUCGUCCGAUGAGGUGCAACUUAAAACCCAGGCAGCAGAUCAGCACUAGCCUAAUAAACCUCAGAGACUUUGCACUGUAUACAUCAAGUGACUGCUUCUGAGAGACAGGGAAUGGAAAAGCUGGUGCCCAUGCACACUAGCCGCCACGGGUGUUUCUUUAAAAAGAAAAAAAGAAAAAGAAAUGCCACACCCAGACCCAGCAGUUUUUCUGUGUCACUGCAAGCCUUCCCCAAGCUUUGCCGAGGCAUGAAGCAAAAUCAUUGACAUUUCAAGCCAAUAGACACACACAGCUUGUGCUCUGAAAGCAGCGAGCAUCUGGAGACGUAGUUUUGUGUUGUUGCUUAUGCUUUGUGUGCACCAAGUUGUAAAUGCUCCAGUUUUGGUGCUUGGUCCAGUUAAUUCUGUGGUACCAUAUGAAUGUUGCUUUCUGGUGCUUUUUUUGUCCGAAUAGUAGAGUAAUUUUUGUCAGUGCACGAAAACAUUAAGAUAUUUUUUUAAAAAAUCCCCAAAUGCCUACUAAUCCCACCCUAAUAUAUAAGCCCAUCAGAAAAUAUUUUAACUAACGGAAUGGGGUGGGUUAGUAAGUGAUAGCUAGCAAGAGACACUGUUCAGUGUUUCAUUGCUCUUCCAAGAACUAUGCUUUUAUCUUAAUAUUAAAACAUGGGAGAAGUUUAUUUUGCUACCUUUACUGUUUGUUUGUUUUAGUUAUUGUGUUGAUGAACUUAACUUUGAAAAUAAAACAUAGCCUAAAAGAAACAACCUUGGGAAGCUACCGUGAAGUCCAAA